UUUGCUAUCUGGUCUCUGAGGCCUCAGGCUGUUGGCCCGUCAACAACACAAAAAUGGAGUCUCCUCCAACCUCAACUCCAUUCCUAUCUGAUGCUUAAUCCAAACCCAAUCCCAGGUUUCUUUGUUUUGUCUGCCUCUUCUUAAUCCUCAUCACUUUUGAGUUGGAGUUUUUAAGUUUGAAUUGGACGACCACCAAAAAGCGUGAACAUGCCACGCCUUCACAGCCAAUACGAUCUGAUCUAUUAAAAAACCAGAAACCAGCACGAGUUUUUGUUGUCGCAGGACGAUAGGAAUCGAGACCACGCUCACCGGCUUAUGGAGAAGAUUGCGGGAGUCAGUUGAGUGUUCAGUUGGUUAAGGAAGAGGUUCAACUCUUGAAGCAGGAAAUGGAGGUACAAAAGAAGCAGGGCGAAGCAGUUCAAGUUUCUCAGUUGAUAGGGUUGUUGUACGAUACAGAAAUGGUCAGGAGCGUUGAAUCAGGGUCAGCUGCACGUGAAGAUCAGCAACCACUUAGUUCGUUUAGAUGUCCAUUAAGCAACAAGGUGAUGACAGACCCAGUAGCAAUUCUAUGCGGCCACAGCUUUGAGAGAAGUGCAAUUCAAGAAUAUUUUGGCCAAGGAGAUUAUAAUAAUAAAUGCCCAAAAUGUGGAUGUGAGCUUGAAGCUAUGGAUCUUACGCCCAACCUCCUGCUUCGGAGCUCCAUAGACGAGUGGAAGCAUAGAGACCUCGACUCAAGAUUUCAAGCCGCGGUUCUCGGAAUCAAAUCUGGUGACCACUCUACGCAAAACAAGGCCUUAGAGGAGAUGCAGCAUUUCAUGCAAAUGCCUAAAUAUUCACUCAGAGUUGCGGAACAAGGACUCACAUCCUCGUUUGUCGAAAUCCUAAAAGACACUAGGUUCAAUGCUGCAACAGCUUUGAAAUGCCUCUUUUAUCUAGCCAAAUAUGAUGACCAUCAAAAGGAAGCAAUUGUUGAAGCAGGGGCAAUUCGCCGCAUUGUGAAGCACUUGUGCAAAAGUGGACAAGAAUCUGACGCCCUUUCAGUUCUGUUGGAGCUGUCAAAAAAGGAAAUAUUAAUAGACAAAAUAGGAAAUGCAAUAGACUGCAUUCCUAUUUUAGUUUCUCUUGUAGAAAACAACAACGUUGAGGUGUCAGAGAAAGCCCAAGCAGUGUUGUGCAACAUCUCAUCUAACACCCAUUUUGUUGUCAAGAUGGCCGGAGCCGGGCACUUCCAGCCAUUUGUUGCUCGCUUCAAUCAAGGACCUCAAGAAACAAGAGCAUGGAUGGCUACAGCCUUGACAGAGAUGCCACUCAAGGAGAACAACAUUAAGGACUUGAAAGACAAGGAAUUCAUACACAACUUAAUCCAAAUGCUCUCUUCAAGCAUCCCAGCUUGCAAAUCUGCUUGCCUCAAGUCCAUCCAGAAGCUUCUAUCAUACCACAAGAUGGUAAAGCGGCUUUUAAAAGACUCUGUUACAAUACCAUAUUUGCUGGUUCUCAUCUCAUAUGCUGGCUCUGAUCUGAGCUUGAAACAAGAAGCCGCCGAGAUUCUUGCUCUACUUGUUGGUGCUAGUAAGGACCGUGAGCUCCAAAAAUAUCAGGGCUUACAGGAGCUACAAUCAGAGCACAACGUUAGUCUACUGUUGCAGCAUGUAGCCAGUGCUGAUGGGCAAACCAAGAUUCAGUUCUUGCACCUGCUGGUUGAACUUAGCUACAAAUCAGAGACAGCUCGAAAUCUGAUCCGAACGGAUGAGGAUGCUAUUGCGCGCCUCUUCUCUUCCAUUCGUGGAGAACAGCCUGCGGUCAGAAGAUGGGCAAUGAAGCUUAUAAACUGCAUAUCUGAAGGUCAUCCUGAUGGGGUUCCAUUGCCACCUAACUCUCCUGAAAAGGAAACUGCCAUUAUUACCUUGGCAGCAAUCUUCACCAAUUCGUCAGACAUCAGAGAAAGGUCUUCUGCUGCCAGAAUCAUAAGCCAGCUCCCCAAUAAUGAUGCUAUAAUCGAUGAAAUACUGCGCAAGUCAGAAGUGCUCAAGUCCAUUCAUGAGGUGAUUUGCAGCAUGGACGGUGAAAAUGGCGGUGGCAUAGCAACAUCAGCUGCAGCCAGGCCAGAUGCAUGUCUAUUAGAAAAUGCUCUAGCGGCACUCUUGCGCUACACAGAACCUACCAAUCCUGAACUUAAGAGGCAAUUGGGGAAACUUGAAAUGUAUCCGUCGCUAGUUCGCAUCCUAUCUAGAGGAAGCUCGCUAGCGAAGCAGCACACAGCCAUGGCGCUUGCCCAACUAUCUCAAUCAACCAGGCUAUUAGUCUCCAAUGGGACGACCAUGACAAGCCAAUCCAGAAAAUCCGUUACUCCUCUGCUUUAUGUCAUGAAGUUCUUCCCGAAUAGUGGUGGUUGCUGCUGCUUAGCCCCAUCCGCGAGCACAAGUUUAUGUUCUAUUCACGGUUCUGCCUGCGCAGAAAGAGACACAUUCUGCCUCGUCAAGGUGGAUGCAGUGAAGCCACUUGUGCAGACAUUGAGCGAGGUGGAAUCUGGGGUGGCGGAGGCUGCUCUGAUGGCACUUGAGACACUGUUAAUAGACCACGCCACACUAUCCCGCGCGAUUUCUACCAUUGUGGAUAGCGAGGGUGUGGUGGCCUUCCUGCAAGUCUUGGAGAAGGGAAGCUCAUCUGCCAAAAGCAAAGCUUUGGAUCUCUUCCAAAAGAUCCUUCAACAUACACAUAUGAGUGAACAGACAUUUCAGAGAUCAGAAAGGAUCCUUAUCCAACUUCUUCAUGACACUGAACUCAAGAAAAAAGCUGCUUUGGUGCUUAGGCAGAUGGGAGUCAUUCCGGAGCAAUCUUCCUACUUCUAAACUUGACCCCUUUUUUUCUUUUUUUGUUGAAUUCAGUGCUUAGGAGUAAAAGAGAAUUACAUGUAAGAAGUAUAGAGAUGUGUGUAUAUGACUGAACUUUAGCUACAACAUCAAACAGAUAUCAGAUUAUUGAGGUAAGAAGUAGGGGAGCCGUUCAUAUAUCAUCUAUAGGACAACACAGCUGAAAAAUACGUUGAAUUUGUCAGAGAAAGAAAGAUUAGGUGCCAUUGUGUUGGUUGAACUUACAUAUCAAUAUCAUGUGAAAAUUUUACAGUCAAAUGAAAUAACAUUUCGACAAACAGGUGACUAUCAAAGCUAUAGACUAAUAUGCUAUAUAGAUAGUCAAAGUCCCUUUAUUUAUUUCUUUUUGCCAACCAAAACAGGCUCAUAGUCAUAGAUAAAGCAAUUCUCCUCUUUUGGGGAAUCUCUCGUUGCCUUUGGGUCUUAAAUAUAUUGCUAUUGACCAUAAAAGUAACAUGUGAGUU